UGAACAUGUGCUGUUACCGGGGCCAAAAUUUUGGGAGAAACGAGCUGCUUCGGGAUAAACUGACCGAGUGAGUGGAAAACAGAAGAAAGUUACACAGAUCAGAAGACCAAAACAACCUCCUCUACUAUUGGCAGAACUCCAUUGAAGUCCACUGGCAUUCAUCUUGGAAGUGUUCCCAAGUAACCAUGGUACGACGUGACAAACCAAGCCCAUCGUGGGCGAAUUCAUCGGAAUCUCGAGAUCCUCUACCGAGACAUCGACAUCGACGGACACAUCAUCACAACAACCAUCAAUUUCAUGCAUCGCUUCAUUCAGAAAAUGCUGUCACGAUGCUGAGGUCGCUACACCCCAAGCUCGACCCCAACCAAACCUAUGUUCUCUCAGGUCCGCUGAUCAAGUAUGACGAAACCCUCCAAAGCUACGUGCACGUGUUUGCCGCUCGUCCAAUUCCACCCGGCAUGACCGUGAUAGCCACUCCCAGUCCAAGCCCACCCACUCCAACCACGGCCAGUUCCACUGACAACCAUUCUACCCGGGCUUUUCCGGAGCCCAUUACACUGACUUCCUCACCAGCCUCUCAGGACCGCCUUCACUCGACAAAAUUUAACCCAAAUGCUUUGCCCUUCGUACCGAAGACCAUCGAAACAGAAGAGACCGUCAAUACUCAAAGCGGUGAAGCGUAUAUCAGUCAAGACACCAGAAGUGUGAUAAAAGGCUCCGAGAGCGAGUCUGAUCCAGCGGAUCCCGGACGGCGAACGCCGUGUUUCAUGUAUUGGUCCAGUCAUUGUCCCGAGGGAACCCUCGUUCCACUUCGUCAGCCGGAUCCACCCGUUUAUUUCCAGCCCACGACCAACGAGGCUGGAUGAGCAUCGAAAUGUUUUGCUUAUUGGGAGUAGGCAAUGCUGAACGAUUCGAAUUGUUGCCAAGUAUAUUUAUUAUAUCACUAAAAAUAAGGCCAUUUAGAAUCUGAUGUCACCCUGCCCACAUAUUAUGCUUUCACUUAGUUCGAAUAAAGUUAUAGCUCCAUA